ACCAAAUUUGUUAAUUUGCAUAGUUAUUGGUAGUGCAGUGGCGUUAAAUAUUAUUGAAGUGUUGUUUGGGAGGCAGUGCAUAAAUUUCUUGUGUAUUUUCUAAACAUUUAAGUGGGAAAAACGUAGAUCAAAGUUCAGAAUGGAAUAUACAGCUGAAAUAAAGGUUCAGGAUAUGAACUGUGAGUUAUGCCAGCAGACGAUCCAGAUCGAGGUUGCAAAGCUGCUGGGGGUGAAGUCAGUUCGAGCCGUGCUUGUAGAAAAAGUUGCCAGAGUCCGGUUUCGUUCGGAUAUGACAUCAGCUAUGGUAAUCACUGAUGCUAUCGAUGGUCUUGGAUAUGAAGUGAAGCUGAUUAACACAAUCGCAGAAGCAUCUGUGAAAACCUGUCAAGAAAACGAACCAAGCAGCCUCUAUAUGCGCAGUGAGAGUCCUCGAGGACACACAAGCGAGGAAAGAAAGCUACUAGACACGGAAAGCAGACUUGGACAGUUGCCAUACUCACAAUCUUUGAUGACUUGUGAGCGUGUAAAAUUAAAGGUGCGUGGUAUGACAUGCGAUUCCUGUGUUAAAUCUAUCGAGAGCACAAUUUCUAAGAUGCCCGGUGUUGAAAACAUUUCUGUGUCUCUAAAGACUGGCCAAGCAGUCAUUAACUACUACCCUGACAAAGUUGAUACACUGACUUUGAUUGAGACUAUUGAUAGCAUGGGGUUUGAAGCUAAACUACCAGAAAAGGACAGACAACAUAUGAAAAAUACCAGAGGCGAUAGCUCAGAACAUGAACAUCUUUUACGGAGUGAUAUUUUUGAUGAAGGGCCCCCUCUGGAAAAUUCAGCUGUUUCCAUAGAGAUGGAAAGGCUUCUGACCAAGGGAAACAGUAAAAAGUGCAGCUUAUCGGUCACUGGCAUGACCUGUGCCUCAUGUGUGAGCAGCAUCGAGAAACAACUGCUAAAACAGAAAGGUAUCUUUUCUGCCAUCGUGGCUUUGAUGGCAAGCCGAGCAGAUGUUGUGUAUGACCCAGAUGAGAUGACACCCGAAAAGAUCAAAGAGGUUAUUGAUGAUAUGGGAUUUGAAGCAGAGGUCCACGAGGACGACCCAGGUGAUGGCGAGGAAAAACUUGAUCUCAUUAUAACUGGGAUGACAUGUGCUUCUUGUGUUGCUGCAAUUGAAGGCCUUGUUAAAGAUAUUCCAGGUGUUAUCUCAGCUGCUGUUGCCUUGCCAACCAGCCAGGGUCAUUUUCGAUUUCGAGCAGGCGAGGUUGGUGCAAGAAAGAUCAUUGAAACAAUUGAGGAUGCUGGCUUUGGUUGCGAACUGUCGAUGGACAAGAACCAGGUUGCCGUGGCACUGCAGCAUAAGAAGUCGAUCCGCAAAUGGCGCAACACCUUCUUCUUCUCGCUUAUAUUCGGCGUUCCAGUCAUCUGCAUCAUGCUGUACUUCAUGAUCUCCAAAAACCAUGUAAUGAUUUGCCCGGGGUUGUCGCUAGAGAACCUCCUUCUCUUCAUCUGUGCCACCAUGGUUCAGUUUGUAUCAGGACGCCCCUUCUACAUCCAAGCCUACAAAUCGUUGAAGCACAAAGUUGCCAACAUGGACGUCCUAAUUAUGCUCGCAACCACAAUAGCCUACACAUAUUCCGUGAUUGCUGUCGCUGUUGCAAUGAUCAUGAAGAAAGAUGAAAGCCCAAUGGUGUUCUUUGACACCCCGCCAAUGCUGCUCGUAUUCAUAUCACUUGGGAGGUGGUUGGAGCACAUUGCCAAGGCAAAAACCUCAGAUGCUCUCUCCAAACUGAUGACACUGCAAGCAACUGAGGCCAUCCUGGUUACUAUUGGUAAAGAGAAACAAAUUCUUACAGAGCGGGAGAUCAACAUUGAGCUCGUUCAACGUGGUGAUAUCCUUAAGGUUGUGCCAGGCGCAAAGAUGCCGGUUGAUGGAAAAGUCAUCGAUGGGGUGUCAUCAGCAGACGAAGCUCUUAUUACUGGAGAAUCAAUGCCAGUGGUUAAAAAACCAGGAAGCAUUGUCAUUGGUGGAUCUAUCAACCAAACUGGAACCCUAUUGAUGGAAGCCACACAUGUUGGCACGGAUACGACCUUGUCUCAGAUUGUCAAACUUGUACAGGAUGCUCAGACCUCAAAGGCACCAAUUCAACAAUUUGCUGACAAAAUAUCUGGCGUGUUUGUGCCAGGUAUUGUUUGUUUGAGCACAAUUACUCUUGUCACGUGGAUUGCCAUCGGUUUCUCUGACAUCACAAAGAUACCAACAUAUGAAAAGGCUGAAGAACACGACUUCAAUGAAACUGAAAUAAUUCUACAGUUUGCAUUCCGAGUUGCGAUUUCUGUAAUGGCAAUUGCUUGUCCGUGUGCCCUUGGAUUGGCCACCCCUACGGCAGUAAUGGUAGGGACUGGAGUAGGAGCUCAGAAUGGUAUAUUAAUCAAGGGUGGUGAGCCAUUAGAAAUGGCUCAUAAGUUGGAGACGGUGAUCUUUGACAAAACUGGUACCAUCACAAACGGUGUCCCUGUUGUGACGAAAGUCCACACGUUUCAACAAUCUCAGUUGACUGUAGAUGAGUUCGUAGCUAUAGCAGGAUCUGCUGAGGCCAGUAGUGAGCACCCUAUUGGCAUUGCCAUUGUAAAGCAUGCCAAAGAGGUCUUGAUGACUGAUUCUUUAGGCAAGUGCUCUGAGUUCCAGGCUGAGCCUGGCUACGGUCUGCAAUGUGUGAUAACCAACAUCAGUGAAAUGCUUGCCAAUAAACACAAUGCCAACCUUGCCAAGGUGGAGGUUAUCACAGACGGAGAAAACGAGGAUGACAAACAUGUUUCAGACAAGAAUUAUAUCAAUGCCCAGUCACAUAAGACUACCUAUAAGGUAUUGAUUGGCAACAGAGAAUGGAUGAAAAGAAACAACUUGGUCGUCACAAAUGAAAUUGAUGGGGUCAUGUCAUACCACGAGAACAUGGGUCAAACAGCUAUCCUGGUUGCUGUCGAUGGUGUGAUUGCUGGAAUGAUGAGUGUUGCAGACUCUGUGAAGGCGGAAGCUGCUCAGACAGUGCACACCCUUAAAGGCAUGGGUAUGGACAUAAUUCUACUAACAGGCGAUAACAGAAGAACUGCAGAAAACAUUGCCAAACAGGUUGGAAUAACUCAGGUGUUUGCCGAGGUUUUGCCUCAAAACAAAGUUGAGAAAGUGAAGGAGAUUCAAGCGACAGGUAAGCGUGUUGCCAUGGUAGGCGAUGGGGUGAACGACUCUCCCGCACUUGUCCAAGCUGAUGUUGGCAUCGCCAUAGGAACGGGAACGGAUGUUGCAGUUGAAGCUGGCGACAUAGUUUUGAUCAAGAACGAUUUGAUGGAUGUUGCUGGAGCUAUCGAUUUGUCAAAGCACACAGUGCGACGAAUAUACAUAAAUUUCUUCUUUGCUUGUAUAUUCAACGGCCUUGGAAUACCAAUUGCAGCAGGUGCUCUGUCUACGUUAGGAGUCUUUCUUCAACCCUGGAUGGCCUCUGCUGCCAUGGCAACCUCAUCUGUCACGGUCGUAGCAUCGUCCUUGAUGCUAAAAUUGUACAAGAAGCCUCAUUUCAGCCCACUCCCAGAAGAGACCAUUCCAGCUGUGGUUUAGGCUUGUAAAGAAUGUCUUUGAUCAUUCCACCCAUGUUACCCAUAGUAGGUUACUCGCUUAGUAAAGUAUAUCUAUAUAAAAUAUAUAUAGCUGUAAUCGCAUCUAGAAGUUAUAGAGCUACCAAGAAAACAUGUGCAUGCACAUAGUACUCAGGUAUUAUAUUUAACACGCAAACACAUUAUACUCAACUGAAAUCUUCAUGAGACACACCCCCAUUAAUGUAUCCCAUUAACCCCCUAGCAAACACCCCACCAACAUGCUUACAGACACAUCACAGUUAUACCCUGCAAUCACCCAACACAAAAAACACACAAUGCAAAACACACCUACACAGUACACACUACACAGAGGCACCCCAUAAAAAUAUACCCACAAACACACCCUCACAGCUACACCCACAAACAGAUCUACAUAAACAUUACCUAAGCCCAGAAACACCCAAUGCAAAACACCCCGACGAACAUCUACUCAGACACAACUUCAUGGACACAACUAUACAUAUACACCUCACAGACACCCAUUUACACAAUACAGAAAACACCAGAUAGAAACCACCACUAUAGGCAUUCUAAAACCCAUGACACAUACAUCUAGAAGCGCCUUUAUUCACACACCAAGACAUAUUUAUACAUAUAUACAUUUAUAUAUGAAUAAGAUUUAUAUAUGUAUAUACUGUAUUUAUGUUGUGUGUAUAUUUUAGUGACAUAUAUAAUAUAUCUCCGUUAACGGUAUGGUAUUUAUCCUCCCUCGGGCAUUAAACAUGGAAUUAAUUGGCGAGUGCACAUCAUGUCAACUAGGUCAUGAAAUAGGCCAUCAUUGAUGAAAAAUAGGUUUUCAUUUCAUGUUGAAAUGUGAAUACUUUGGAUUUAUUACACGAAGGUUGCCGAUUAAUUUGGCGCAUUCUAAUUGAGGUUAUGAUAUUUUGUUUAUAAGAUGGCCUCAAAGGCAGGAUAGAUAUCAGGUAGGUGUAUCCGAGAGUGUUCAGUGAUCCGACUCAUUAUUUCCUCCAAACUACAGCAUGAGUCGAAAAUUAGUGCAUUGGUAAUCUCAGACAAUUUUUCGGUUACGCGCGUAAAAUGUCGUCAUUAACAUUUGAUUUGUGAGUAUCAAUCUGUGCAUGAUUCUGUAAAUUGAUACCGGAUAAUGAUAAUUUGAAAUGCUGCAGAACAAGAAAUUCUAGCCUAAAAGGAAUUCAGCACCGUAAUUGGCACAAUUUUUAAAAUUUUAUUGAUUAAAAUUUAUAUUACUUUUAAUCAAAAAGUACAUUUGCCAAUUACUGGAUGGAAGUAUAAGCAGUCUCAUUAUGAGGCCUAAAUAGUAGAGUUGUUUUAGCCGUGAUAACAAUAAAGAAAUCUGGAGUCUCAAAUGAUUUGAACCCACAACCUGCUGCUACUAGGCUACAGCUCCACUCUAGUACCAUAAUGUAUCAAUAUAUUUAUAACCUCAUCAUCAACAGUCUACCUAAUAUGCUUUGAACUAAAAAUAGGUUUACAUAAUACCUGUAAUUACAGAGUAGAGUAAGAGAAUUGGUGAUAAGAUUCGUAGUCAAAAACAGUAGCAUGUUUUGAGUUGUGACCAUGUUCUUUUAAUUUGUUACCUUUAUUAAGAUACAAUUAGCAUUGUUCUACAGGGAUUGUCUGUAUAAAAGACUAUGUGCUGCUUUGUAUGCCACUGCAAGAUAUCUUUACACCAAAAAGCCAUUCUCUUUUAAUAUAGUUUUAUAAAUAGGCAUGUUUUCCUAAUUUUAACCUUGAUAAUUUAUAUUAACACAUGCAUUAUAAGUCGUUUGUAGUCGCUAAAGAUAUUCCAGCUGAUAAUCUAUGAGUAUAAUAUGUUGUUGGGAUAUUAAACACAAUGGUUUAAAACUACCUUGGCUUCCUAGAUUAAUUUUAAGAGUAAUCGAAUGAUAGUUGUUCUAUCGAAUCUUACAUGGAUGGGUGCAGUACAUUUUUCAAGCAGAAAAGUAAUGUGGAUUAAUACCAUGGAAGGGUAGGCUAUAACCAUGGAAGAAUUUAACUUCAGAAAGAUUCACGGAGGAAAUUUAAUCCACUUUGCUUCACUUUUUAAAAAUAUACAUAAAGAUUGAAUUAGCCCAUGGCUGAAUGGUAGAAUUUGUUUGACAAGUUAUAAUUUUAUUGUUUAUAUCUAUAUAUUAUUAAAAGCUAUAUUUUAUGCAAGUAGUAUAAUGAUUGGUGUAAUAAACACUUUAAAAAACUGA